GUAUUUUUGUCCUUUGGUUAUAAGCAAGUACAGUACUGUCUACAUUCCCUACCAUUGCAUUAUGACAAUCCAGGGAACGUGUAUAUCUGUACUGCUUCUUUUCAUGCAGUAAACAUAGUUGCUGUCAUCUCCUAGGCUGUUUUAGGGUUUUUCUUUGGAAAACUUCUACAUAACUUGUAAAAAUAAAGACUGUGUUUCAUGAAGGAAAUGCUCUUCAAAAUUCUCUUUGUGGAAUACUGAAGGGAUUUUAACCUCCUGAAAUGGGGUAGCUUUUUGUUAACGUCUAGUUUGCAAAGGGACACAUUGCUAGGCGUGCAGUUACUGAUCUUUAGCAAAUACAUGCAUGCUUCAGGGCUUACAGCAAACAGGUCUUUCUAAAAUGAGUUUCAAAUGAAAGCUUGGUACAGCCAUUUGAAAUCUUAAGCCAUACUUUAGAUGGAAAGCUGAAAAAUUUGGAAUUUUAAAUGUUGAUGUGUUGUUUAAGGGUGUUUUUUCUUUUUUUAAUCAAGGAACCCAGGUGAAAGUAAAACUAGCUCUGAAAUGAAAUCAGGAAGAAAAACUAGAUACAAUCAAAGCAAAAAGCAUUUUUUCAGUGACACAGACACAGAAUACAGAGGAGAUGACAGCAAGACAGACAUCAGCUGGCUACAAAAAUCCAAAGCACCAUCUAAGCCACAGAUAAUUGAUUACAGUAGAAAUAAAAACUUAGGGAAAUCAAAAAGACAAGGCAAAAAGAAGUUCUCUGAACUCCCUUGCUGGAUGGAUACGCCCAAAGGCAAAGCAGCAAAUGAGAAAAAGCUAAGUGAACGUAAAAAACAAAGUUCAGUAAUUGAUGACAUGAUGGAACAAACCACCAGACCAAAACGACCUCAAAGAGCAGUGCAACCAAAAAAUUACAAAGAUCCUUCCAGUUCAGAGUCAGGAAGUGAAUUUUCAGCAUGUACCUAUAAGAGGGAAAAAUCAAAAGGACAGAAAGGUGUGAAUGAGAAAAACAAAGAUGGUAAUCAUCAGAAGGAUCUCCAGAAUUUGGUGGAGCCAAAGACAGCAGCAAACUGUGUAAAUAAAGCAUUUAUUAAAUCAAAGAACUCUACAGAACAAGAGGAAAUUGAAAUGUCUUCACCUGAGAGUCCUGCAUCUCUAGAGACAAUGAGAUGUGCUGAGAGAACAUCAGAGGGAUGUGUUACUCAGGACCAUACUUCUAGUGAGGGGUCACCUGGUCUUCAGAAGUCAACACCAGAAAAAAACGAAACAGUAGACUUUGAGAAAGGAAUCUCUCCAAGUAAUCUCUGUCUACAAAAGAAAAAUACUCAACAUACGCAUCUAAACCAGUCUCCUGAAAUGACUGUUACGAAGUUAACACUUGGAAAGAAAAGUUUUUCACCAGUUCUAACUGCUCCAUAUUUGCUCAACUUAACUUCAGUAACCCCACAUAAAGCAUACUGUGGAAAAAACACAGAGGGAUCUGUAUCUGAAACAUGCGAUGCUGAUGAAAAUUUAAGUUUUAGACGUGGCUUUUCAGACAAAAUUUCUAUUGAAGGAAAACAACAAGACAUUACUAAACCUGUCAUGAAAAAGAAAGGAGAGGAAUUAUCUCCAGUAUCUGUGUCCACUGGAAGUGAAGUACAGUCUCGGAGUCAAGAACCUUAUGGCCCUGCACAUGAGUCAGAGUAUGAAAAUUUGUCCUCUGUAUCUGUAAGUGAUCCAGCUGCUUUGGAUGUGGACAUCUGGGAACCUGGUUGUUCAACAAUCGAUAUAUGUCAGAAGCUCCAAAAAGAAUACACUAAGAAAAUUGAGAGCCGUUCACGGAAAAUGGAGCAUUUUGCAAAGCAGUCAUUAAGAGCUGCCAACCAGCAUUUGACAACGUUGAAUCAACAGCUUCUUGAAUGCAGGCUCAAGCAGCUGGACAGAUUUCAUAUUGUUAUUCUUCAGGAAAUUGAGAAUUUUGAGAAAGAUUCUCAGUCCUUGAAUAACAUGGAGAAAGAAUUACUGACUUUUUGGAAAAAAAAUAAGCAUACUUUCAGUACGUUCAUGAAGAAUGAGCAACAGAGGCUGCAGAUCCUUAAAACAUCCUUUGAAAAGAACAUCCACCAUAGUGUUGACUAUGAAGAAAGUAUUUUUACUUCAGAGGCGCAUCUGAUGAAAGAAGACAUGAAAGGACUCCAAGAGAAAUUUCUUAAAGAAAUGCAUGAAGAGGAACUGAUUAAUGUUCGCAGAGGAUUGCAGACAUUAUUUCUAGCAGAAGAUGGAAAAUUCUGAAGUAGUACUUCCAUGUACUUUCCUGAAAUUCAAGCUCAAUAUAAACACUCAUUUUCAAUACAAAAUUUGACUUUUUUUUUACUUAAGGAAACUACUGUAAUGAAAGCAUAUUUUCCUUAAUAAAGUUGAAGUCUUUUUACUCCGACUUCUCCAUAAGACUUAUCCCAUUAUUAGAAAAAAUUGGGAUUUUACUGAAUCUACUAAAAUACAAUACAUAUAUAUUUUUUUUAUUUUUAGCUAAUGCUGUUUCUGAGGAAGUCUUUAUUAUCAUUUUUCAUAGGUUAUUUAACUGAACUUUUAGAGAAAUCACUUCAAAUUUCACUUCAAAUCUAUCUCUUGGGUUGUUGUGUACAGAAUACCACUUUUCAUCUUUUUUCUGAUCCAGAAUACAGUAAGAAAUUAUUUAAAGAUCCAGUCUCAUGUGCUGAUUUAAUCCUAUUCAUUUGUGGCAUUGUACUUCAGUAGGAGUUUCUAAAAGAAAAUGACUGUAAAAUUUUAUGG